CACUUUUUUACCUUUCUUUCCGGAGCUUCCAAAUUUUACGACGUCGUCGUUCCCCGGAAUUCUCUUUUUCCGUCUCCGGCUCACCGCCUCCCCCGGCUCGCCAUUCACACACGGUUAUGAGUUGGUAGGGUUCUUGCAUUUGAGCUUUCGAUGCCGGGGAAAGGUGUGUGACCUUGGCUGUUACAUGGCUGAGAUGAAGAUAAUUGGAGUGUUCUUUGUUUAGAAAUUCCGUUCGUGUGUGGUAUAAAUAUAGGUUACUUAUUUGGUGCAGUUGCGUUUCUGUUGUUAUGUCACAAGCUGAAAAGGAUCUGGUUGUUUCGAGUAAACACCGAAAAUUAGGGCCAGACUACUUUGGUUACUAUACAAACGAGGUGGUAGAGUUGUUGUCACGCAAUGAAGAUGUUUCACCUUUUGCUUCCGACAACUCAGAUAUAUCUCAAAGUAGACGUGUGGGGAUUAAAGGCAAGGAUAGGAUUGAGCAUAGUAAUGGUGUGGAUGUUUCACCUUUUGCUUCCGUCUCCUCAGAUGUAUCUCGGAGUAGACAUGUUGGGGUUAUAGGCAAGGAUAGGACUGAGCAUAGUAAUGGUGUGUCUGCUUUGUUGUUUAGUGACAGACUAGGGAAUGAGCUAUCAGAUUUCAAAAAAGAAAGAUUGAGGUUGUUGCUCAGGCAGGGAGUGAAAGUUCUUGCACGAGAAGUCGAUGAGAUGAUAGAACCUGCUGUAGCAAUGAGCAGGUUAAAAUCUAAGCUGGAGAGCAGAAAGUGUUUAUCAAGCAGUGCAGCAUGUGAUGUUGAUGCAGAGAAAGCACCUUCACCUAAGAGACUAAAGAGAUCCUCAUGCUCUUCUAGCAGCCUCUCUGCACUAUCUUGUCCCACCGAUCCUGAACCAAACAGAGAGGUCGAUGAUGAAUUGCAGUCCCUUAUUGAAAGCAACAGCUUGCAGGUUGAGGAAGUGGUAAAAAAAUAUUCUGAUCAAUAUCAUAAUGAACUAGGGCACAUGGAGCAGCAGCUUGAGAAAAUUCUGGACAGUGUGAUGUCCAAGUGCAGGCCUAUGACCAUUUAUGAGAAGAACAAGCUUGGAAAACUGAUUCAGAAGUUACCACCAGAAAAUCUUGACCGUGUUAUGGAAAUUAUCCAGAAUAGCAACACAGCUUUUACGAAUUCCUCUGAUGAAGUUCAUGUGGAUCUUAAAGAGGAGUCUAAUGUAACACUAUGGAGAUUGUUUCAUUACGUAGAAGCAAUUGAGAAUGCUAGGAAGCUUGCCAAGUAGCAGGCCCUAUAUGAAGAUAUCAGUUUUCGGGUACUUGAGAGGAGUUGCUGAUGAUUCUACGUUUUGACUGUAGAAUUUUGGGUAGAUUAACCCCAGUAGUUUUGACGGUCUUGAUUUAUGGCCUAGUAGUGCAUAAGUUUUAGAGCACUCAACUUCAGAUGCAUGCUAGAAGAGGAUUUUUGUUCUUUUGUCCUGCACAGUUUAGUUUGUAAUCACAGGGAAAGCUGUACAUGUCUUACUGUAUACGGACUACUGAAAGUUAAGGAAUCAAAAUUUUGCAAUUUGAAUGAUGAUUUCAGGUUGUUAACGCCA